AUGGCUUCAACCGAGGACCGCGUCGCUCCCCCUCCGGCUACAGAUACCGAUACGGAGAACAUCCCUCCUCCGGCCACUCCCGUCGAAUCCUCUGUUAUGUCCGGCAGUGAGGAUCCCGUUACCAGCCCUGAGGCCGGCAAGGACCAGGAAAGUUCCAAGGAAAAUGUCAAGCCAUCGUCUCCUACCAAGACCGCUUCUUCCACCAGCACCGGCACGACCAAGCGGCCCUUGUCGGGUUCGACCCCCACCACUAAACGGCCUACUUCCACGACAUCGACUCCCAAGACUACCACCGCUUCUUCGCGCACGUCCACCAACGGUAGUACGCUAAGCAAACCCCCUACGCGUCCGACCACAACCACCGCUUCCACUGCGACCCGCAGACCCCUGAGCUCUGCCACGACCGCUUCCCAUCGUUCCCGCGCAUCUGUCAGCAGCUCUGCAGAUGAAAAGUCGCGCUUGAGCUCUAGCGAUGAGAAGAAGGGUAUCUCUGGAACGGCCAAGCGCAUGUCGCUCGCGGGCACUCCCUCCACCCGCGCCCCCACCAAGCCAACCACAUCCACCUUGGACCGCAGAUCUAGUGUGGCUGGCACAACAGCAGAACGGAAGACCACGUCUCGUCCGAGCAGCUUGGUAGGUUCUACUACCAAGCCGGCUACGAAACCGGCCACUUCGACUUCUGCGACUCGCACGUCGACUACUGCCACGCGGCCCACCUCCCGUCCGACUUCCACCAGCACGACGAGGCCAAGUGCUGUUUCCGAUGCACGCAAGAGACUAAGCACGGCUACCCCGUCUUCAGCUACCAAGUCUGCUGAGCAGGAUGCUGAAAAGCUGCAGGCGCUCCAAAACCAGCUUUCGGAAAGUGAAGGCACUGUCGCCAGUCUCCGUGCAGAAUUGGAGUCGGUCAACGAAAAGUUAGGUCAACUCUCUGUCUCUGGAGAGGGUGAUUCCAUCAAGGAUGACUCUGCUUCUGAUGGUCUCAAGGCUGAGCAUGCCGCUGAAGUCGAGCGAUUGACUGCAAGCCACGAGCAGGCGCUCAAGGCCUUGCAGAUGCAGCUCGAAGAGGCAGACACCAAGCGGAAGGAAUUGGAAGAAAAGUCGGUUCAGGACCUGGAGAACGCUGCGAAAUCCGCUGCUGAGCAGGGUGACGAGAAAACUGCUGCCGCCUUUGAGGAGCUGAAGCAAUCUCACCAAGCCCAGAUGGAGGCGCUUGAGAAGGAGCUGUCUGAGCAAAAGGCCGCUGCAACGGAAUAUGGGGAGCAAGUCAACAGCCUCAAGCAGGAACUCGAAACCCUCAAGGCCACUUUUCAAGAGGAGAAGGCCAUGGCUCUCGAAGGUCUGGAGCGGGAACUCAAGGGACGCGACCAGGUUAUCGAGAAUCUGAACACGGAAAUGCAGCGAUUGGACGAUGCCAAGGAGCAGGAGGUGCGCGCCGCUGAGGAGAACGCUAAGCAAACCGUUUUGGGUCUUGAAGAGAAGGUUGCAUCGCUCGAAGCCAAACUCAGUGAAACUGAGCCCGCAGACGUAGAAAAGAAGGGCGAAUAUGAGGCCUCGUCGCCAGAGGCUGUGACUGAGAAGGAGAAGGAGGUUGUAGAGCUCAAGCAGGCCUUGGAAAAGCUCCAGAGUGAGCUCGAAGAGACCCGCGCAACGGCCGCGACGGAAUUGAGUGAGAAGCUCAAGCAGUUGGAAUCCAACCACGAAGUAGCAAUUGCCAAGCUCAAGUCUGAGCACGAAGAGGCUCUUGCGUCUGCUACUGCAUCCCACGCGCAGGAAUUGGCCGUGGCCAAGGAGGCUGUCGAAUCGUCCGACUCUACCGCCAAGUCCCAGGAGCUCCAAGAGCUUCGAGAGGCGCUUGAAGCUGCCAAUGCGGCUGCGCUGAAGGGGCGAGAGGAAGCUGUCAACGAGAUCAAGACUGCGCAUGAGGCGGAACUGCAGUCGCUCCAACAGAAAAUUGAGACAUCCGAGCAAGCCUUGACCGAAGCCAAGCAAUCUGCAGAAAAGGGUGCUAGCUCCAGCCAGGAGAUCGAUUCCCUUAAGGAGAAGAUCGCCGCCCUGGAGUCUCAACUGUCGACUGGCGAGGAGGCUGCUCAGAGCAAACAGCAAGAAGUAGAGGCAUUGCAGCAGAACCUCUCCACUCUUGAGGACAAGGUCAAGGCCAACGAGGAGCGUGCCGCUGCCGCGGAGAAGGCACUCGAAGAGCACGCCCAGCAAGCUACUGGCGUCACUGAGGAUCACUCGCAAGCCCUGGAGGCGUUAAAGGCAGAGCACUCUGCGGAGCUCGAAAAGGCCCGUGCUGAGGCUUCUGAAUCCCACGAGGGUGCUCUGCGUGACAUCCAGCUCAAGUACAACGACCUGAUUUCGAAACACCAGGACUUGGAAUCCAACCAUGGACAAAAGGUGGAGGCCGUCGAGGCCGAGCUGAAGACUGUCUUGGAACGCCACACGGGUGAGAUUGCCUCGCAGGCCGAGCUCCGGGAGAAGGAGAUUGCGGAACUCCAACAGCAGUUCGAGAAGACCAAGGCCAGCUUGCGUGCUGAGGUCGAGGCAGCUCAGUCAUUCAAGACUAUUGAAGCCGAGGCUGAGCACAGCAGGGCCAUUGAGACGCUCCUUGGCGCUCAGGAGGAGAAGAUGUCUAAGCUCCGUGCCGAUCUCGAAUCUUCCAACCAGGUUAAGCUUGAUGAGCUCCAGAAAUCCCACGACGAGGUGUUGGCUGAAAUUAAGGGCCAGCUGGCUGAGGCCCAGUCCGCGGCGCAGGACACCUCUGUCGUUGAGGGUCUUAAGUCAACAAUUGUGGACCUUGAGCACAAAUUGGCAGACGCUGAGGCCAAGUCGAACACUGCUGGUGAUGAACUGGCCAGCAUGCACAGUGCUGAGAAGGCUGAGUUGGAGCAGAAGGUCCAGGCUGCUAAUGCGCAAGUGGAAGAACUGCAGAAGUCUCUCGGUGCAUCCGACAUCGCCAAGGCUGAGAUCGACAACGUCCUGAACCAACUUGCGGCCUCGCAGGAGGAACUGACCCAGCUUAAGACCAAGAGUGAGGCUGCCAGCAACGAGCUCGAGCAGUCCAAGAUGCAAGCCCGGACCUUCGAGGAGAAACUCGCCCAGGGCGAGAAGGACUUGAAUGACCAGAUCGACAAGAACAUGUCGCUACUGAACCAGCUGGGUGAAGUCGAUUCGGCAAUCGCAGCCAGCCGCAAGCGUGUUCGCGAGUUGGAAGCCGAAGUGGCAGCAUUGAAGAGUGGCGCCAAGGGCAGCACUGGCCUCGAAGGUAGUCGAUGGGCGCCAGAGAACAAGGAGGACGCUGGUCCAGCCGCAACGGAAGGUGAGGACCUCGGUUCAUCUAUUGAGGGAACGAUGGCCAGCCUUCAGGAACAGCUUAAGUUUAUUCGAACGACCAACGAUGACUGGUGCGAUGAACACAGACGACUCGUCACCGACCUCGUGAACUUAUCCGAGAAAGUCACCGGCGAGAACAGCCAUCCGUCAACACCCCGCCCUGAGCUGAUGUUGCGAAGCAGAAGUGAGCGAUCUGGAGAGGCAUCGUCGUAA